AGGUCGGCUUCUUUCGUGUUCGAAGGAAAAUCAGAGAGACGAUAAUGGCAACUAGAUUCACUCUUACCUCCACUUCUACGCUUCUUCUAGUUUGCAACUUAUACGGAUUCUUUUGGGUCUCGUUUUGCUCCGAUCAUGGCCCUCCUGUACUUAAAGGGAUUGAUGUGCAAAAUCCUGUUAUAGAUGUCACCCCAGCACCAAUUCAUGGUUCUCAAGUAUCUAAAGAUGUUGUAUUUUGUGGACGCGUUCCUGUACAUGGCAUCUCCAGAAUGAAACUCCAGAGUUAUGCCAAAGCAUAUAGAAUUAUGUUGGUUCCUUCAGUAGUGAUCCCUGAUAAAUGGCACAACAAGAUUCAAAUUUGCUUUCACAGGAAUGCUUCACUCGGGUUAUGCCAGUGUGAAAAGGACGAUUGGAGAUCUAUUCAAAAGGGGUUUUGGAGUUCCGUUAUGUCACCUUAUGAGCAAAGAUUUGUUGAUGUGAAGUUUGUUGGUGGGGUUUCUGGUUCUGUAACUAUCACACUUGAUGAAGUGUCACAGGGAUGGCGCUACAUCUUGCUUGCGUUUGGAUUUACUUUACUAUUCUUGGCACCCGUUGUUAGCCAGUGGGUUCCCUUUUACUAUACCAGUUCCAUGGCUAUUGGAGUUUUAGCUGUUGUUAUCAUACUUCUUUAUCAGGGGAUGAGGUUAUUGCCUACUGGCAGGAAAAGUGCCUUUUAUUUAAGUAUAUACACCUCUGCAAUUGGAGCAGGAUCUUUCCUGGUACAUUAUGUUUCAGGGUUUGUCAACUCAAUCCUUGUUAACUUUGGACUGAGUCAAGAAAUGCAGAACCCAGUUUCGGUAUUUGUGGUACUUGCUAUCGUUCUUUUGGGAGCCGGUCUUGGAUAUUGGCUGGUGCGCAGAUAUGUUAUUUCUGAAGAUGGAGACGUUGAUGUUGGAGUAGCCCAAUUUAUCAAAUGGGCCAUGCGUGUUGUUGCAGUCGCAUGCAUUUUUCUGAGCUCUAUUGACACUCCUUUGGCUACGGUAGCAGUUGGUUCUUGUUUGGCACUAUAUUGGGCUAUUACAUCUAUCGAGUGGCAUGAUCAUCAAGCUCCAUCAUUAUCUAAGAAGCCGAAGCUCUGGCAAAGGGGUGGACAAAGAACACCAAAGAUUGGACGGGCUGAAUUCCUUAGCCGGCCAAAGAAGACUACCCCUUUGAGAAAUCCGUUGAAUGGUCCGAGGAAUUCAUUUGCUUGGUCCGACUCCCCAGUCAAAGGAAUGGCGAAUGAAUGGGCGGAGAACGAGUCAACAGGAAGUCAACAUGAGUUUUACUCAACAUUUCACAAGACCCCUAACAGAAAGAGGUUCUCGAAGAAGGAAUGGGAGGAAUUCACAGAGGAAUCAACGAGAGAAUCGGUUGCUGAGUUGGCAUCUUCGCCCGAAUUCACCGAUUGGGUGAUUAAGAACGCUAAUAGAAUCAAACUUCUUCCUGAUAAUGGCUCAGACGAUGAUGCGAGUGGCUCAGAUUCUACGGAUGGAUAUUUGGUAGAAAACAGUGACAGAGGUCGUUUAUUCAACUGGCGAUGGCGCUCGUGAAAAUAUCGAUCGAUGAGUUUGUGAAUCUUUUUCGGGUAGAUUUUUAGGGAAGUUUUACACAGGAAAAUUUGUGUAGUUUUUGGUCAUUAUUGGAUUUGAUUAUGAAGUGAGGUUAUGGAAUGUAAAGUUCUCAGACAAUGUAGCAAAUGAACCUCACUUUUUGUGUUCAAAUGAUGUAUUUUUAAGUGAGGUUAUUGGGUGCCGUUACUUUACAUGAUAAAAUUAUUACAUCAUGGAAUCUGAACUUGAAAUUCAA